AUGGAUGCUACACAGAAGUUGUCCUGGAAAGGAAUUGAUGAAGCAAACUUCAUUGUUGUCUUCAACAUUGGAGGUCUCUUUCUUUACUCCAAGAAACGUCCCCAAGCCUCCUCUUGCUUCCAGAAAUUCCUCUACUUUAACCUCUCUGCCAUUAAAGAUAAGGAGCUGUUAACAAUGGCCCAACUGGGCCUGGAUUUGGGGCCCAACACUUAUUAUAAGCCAGGACCGGAACUGCAGUUGGCUCCGUCCCUGGUUCAGGAGCCUCACGGGUGGGGCCAGUCCAUCCCUAAACCAGCUAAAAUGCUCCUAUUACAGUCAGUACCAUGGCCUCGAGGUGUCGUCCACUUCAACCUGCUGGAUGUGGCUAAGGAUUGGAAUAACAACCCCAGGAAGAACUUAGGUUUGUUGCUAGAGAUACUGGUGAAAGGAAACAGAGACUAUGGGGUGAAUUUUCAGCUUCAGGACACCUGUGCCGAACUGAGACAGUCCCUUCAUGCUUCCCUGCUGGUGGUGACUCUCAACCCUGAGCAGUGCCACCCUUCAUCCCGGAAAAGGAGGGAAGCCAUCCUUUUCCCUAAGGCUUCUUGCCAGAACCUCUGCCAUCGUCACCAGCUAUUCAUCAACUUCCAGGACUUAGGUUGGCACAAGUGGAUUAUUGCUCCCAAAGGGUUCAUGGCAAACUACUGCCAUGGAGAUUGUCCUUUCUCACUGACCACCUCCCUCAACAGCUCCAAUUAUGCGUUCCUGCAAGCCCUGAUGCAUGCAGUUGACCCCGAGAUCCCCCAGGCUGUCUGUAUCCCCACCAAGCUGUCCCCCGUUUCCAUGCUCUAUCAGGACAAUGAUGACAAUGUCAUUUUACGUCAUUAUGAAGACAUGGUGGUUGACGAAUGUGGAUGUGGGUAG